AAGCCUGAAAGGGAAAAUCCCAAGAGCAAACAUGGAGCGAGAGGACAAAGAAGAGCAAAACAGAAAAUCAACGACUAAAAAAAUGGUGAUUCAAAUACCGUCGUACCAAGAAGUAAUAGAAAGCUCACAGCCAAAGACCCAGUCUUUAUUUAAGCCAUCGCAGACUUUCUCUCAAGCUUUCUCUUCUAUAAAGAACUCCGAAUUCUACACUCCUCCUCCUCCUCCUCCUUCUGCCGCCUCCACAUCAUCCUCUCAAUCUGGAAUCAUCUCAAAUAAUUCAAGUGUGCCUUCACCUUCUCCAUCAGCCUCUGCUGCUUCUUCAUCGUCAUUGCAGACUGGACAGAGUCGAAAUGCAAUUCUUGUUAGCCACAGGCAGAAGGGAAACCCAUUGCUCAAACAUAUUAGAAAUGUAAAGUGGGUUUUUGCUGAUGUGGUUUGUGACUAUUUGCUUGGCCAGAACUCUUGUGCUCUAUAUCUAAGUCUUCGGUAUCAUCUACUGCAUCCCGAUUACCUGUAUUAUAGAAUAAGGGAGCUGCAAAAAAACUACAAGCUUCGUGUUGUCUUGUGUCAUGUUGAUGUGGAGGAUGUGGUUAAGCCUUUACUUGAAGUCACUAAAACAGCUCUGCUUCAUGAUUGCACACUAUUAUGUGCUUGGAGCUUAGAGGAAUGCGGUCGCUAUUUGGAGACUAUAAAAAUGUAUGAAAACAAGCCUGCAGACCUUAUUCAGGGUCAAAUGGAUACAGACUAUUUAUCGCGGCUAAACCAUGCUCUGACAACUGUUCGACAUGUUAACAAGACUGAUGUCGUCACCCUUGGGUCUACUUUUGGGUCUCUUUCUAAUGUCAUGGAUGCAUCUAUGGAAGAUCUUGCACGUUGCCCUGGUAUAGGAGAGCGCAAGGUGAAACGCUUGUACGACACUUUUCACGAACCAUUUAAGCGUGUUGUUUCCAGCGACCCUGUUGUUCUCAAAACAUACACGAAAGACUCUGAACCUUCCUUGGUGAAUGAAGUAGUUACUGAAUUGGAAAAGGAAGAAGAUGCUAGCAAACGUAGGAAGAAAGAACCUGAAGUAACCGUCAAAUCGGCCCUUUCUGCUGCAUUUGCAAAGUAUGCUGAUAAAUUUGGUAAAAAGGAUGAUAAAGCACAUGAACAAAAGGCGGGAGAAACAAGUGUUGCCAUGGAAUCAGGAACUGAUAAUAGGGAGACUGCAAGUUGAUCAUCUUUUUCCAAGUGUCAAAUCUAAUAUCAGUUCACUUGCAAGACACUGAGAUGAAAAUGUCUCAGACAUCAUGUUGUCUCUGGGAAGGCAGCCUCGGCAAUUAGAUUUCUUCUUCUACUUUGUAUUAGCCGCGUAAAGGUUUUAAAUUGAUUCAUUAGACCAAAGUGUAACUGUAUUUUGUACAUAUGUGUAGACUGAUUCCAAAUAUAGUGAUCCUGCACCUGUUGAAUAUUCUCUUCCAUAACUGAGUUGUAUUAUAAUUUCUGCAGAUUGACAGAAUUUUGUUCUAA